UUUGGGAGAUGCAAGCUGCUGGAACAUUGAUAAGCUCCGUAGCUUUGGUGGUGGCCGGGGAACUCCUGCGCCAGGUUCUCUAUCUCCCACUUUGACUCUUUUUCCGGUGUUCAGUCUUUCUGUGCUCACUCUGUUUUCCCUCCCACACUCAAGUUUUCUACUUUCUGCACUAAAAACCGAACCUCGUAUUCAUACGUAGGCAAAAUGAGAAUGGUCUAAAUAAAAGCAUAUGUAACUUCUUAAUGAAAGAUGAGAUUUUUUGGAUGAAAUGUUCGUGAUUGGUGUUCCAGUAGCUGUCCUAAUUCUUGGCGAGGCACUCAAGUUGGUGUACCUGCUGUAAAUACGGACAAACAGCCAUCUGUGGGAUUUAGGUGGGCUUGCGUUGAGUUUAGCAAUGCCCAUAAAGAACCCACAUCACAUGAAAUCCUAUCAGCAACCAAUUCUCAUUUACUUCUUUCUGUGGAAAUUUUUAUAAUUUCAUUGAAGAAUAUGUAUUCGAUGUUUUAUUGCUCUAACUGCUACUCUGGAUUUGAUAGGGAAAUUGCGGUUUGAAGGUCGUUAUUUUUCUUUUUACAUUGGAGAGUAGAGAUCUUGGCAAGCAGUUCUUGGAAGUAAAAGAGUUCCUGAAUAAAUGAGUCAAGGCAGCAGGAGUUAAAUAUCAACAGACCAAUGGAGAUGUGAAAGAGAAGAUGACCAGAGACGGCGGGUAGAAGAGGGAGAGGAGUUGAAAACUUUGAAGCGCUGAAAUGCCAGUUUUAGCCUGCAACUGCUUCUCCCCAUCCCCAGAAGCACGAAAAUGGAAUGAGCUUAUCAAGAAGCACAUGCUUGUGGGGGAUGCAGAACAAGCUAUUCUAACUUACGUGAAUAUGCAAGUACUUGGCUUGCGUGCUGAUAACUAUACAUUUCCUGUUUUACUCAAAGCUGCCGGGAAGAUUUGUCUCUCUCAUAUUGGCUAUGCCCUUCAUGGUCAGGCAAUAAAAACUGGUUUGUUUGCGCAUUCUUUUCUCCAAACUGCUUUGAUAAACAUGUAUGGAACUCUUGAUUGCAUUGUUGAUGCUUGUAAAGUGUUUGCAAAGAUGCCUGUGAAAGAUUUGAUUGCAUGGAACUCCAUGUUGUAUGCACAUGCUUCUAAUGGCCAGAUGGAAGAUGCUGUUCAUCUGUUCAAUUUGAUGCCUUUAAAGGACCUCUCAUCUUUCAAUAUCAUGAUUUCUGGGUACUCAAGCUGUGGGGAAGCAUUGUCUGCUAGAAGCAUCUUUGAUAAAAUGGCAGUGAAGGAUAUUGUUUCUUGGAAUUCAAUGGUAUCAGCAUAUAUCCGAGCUGGAUAUAUGGAGGAGGCUCACAUGUUAUUCAUGGAAAUGUCAGUGAAAAAUAAGAUCACAUGGAACACAAUGAUCACAGGAUGUUUACAGAAUGAACAUUACACUGAGGCUCUUCAUUUGUUUGAUGAAAUGAAGACGACAAAUUGCACUCCAGAUUAUCUAACAAUGACUAGUGUUUUAUCGGCAUGCGCGCAUUUGGGAUCGCUGGAAACAGGAACCAAAAUCCACACAUAUGCCAUUGAUAGUGGACUUGCAUCAAGUCCCCAUGUGACAACAGCUUUGAUAGACAUGUAUGCCAAAUGUGGAAGCAUAGUACAAGCUCUACAAGUGUUUUAUAAAUCCCAAGUUAAGGAUAUAUAUUGCUGGAAUGCAAUGAUCUAUGGGCUUGCCCUUCAUGGUCAGGGAUAUGCUGCUUUAGAACUCUUUGACAAGAUGAGAAGGAAGCUUGUAAAGCCUGAUGAUAUUACCUUCAUCGGCCUGCUCAAUGCCUGUGGCCACUCAGGUCUGGUGCAAGAGGGUUGCCAGUUAUUUAAUUCCAUGCAAGAGGACUUUGGAAUAUCUCCCAAGUUGGAGCACUACGGAUGCACGGUUGAUCUUCUGGGUAGAGCUGGGCAUCUUGAUCAAGCAUAUGAGGUGCUUGAAACAAUGCCAUAUGAACCAGGAGAAGCCAUCCUGGGUGCACUGCUUAGUGCCUGUGUGAUUCACCAGGAUCUUGAGACUGGUGAGAGAGUGAUAAAGGUAAUUUCUUCCAGAGCUUGCUACCUUAGCGAUGGGGAGCUGAUGAUGUUUGCUAACUUGUAUGCAUCAUGUGGUAAAUGGGAAGAAGCAAACAGAUGGAGAGAGAUGAUGAAUGACACUGGCAUUGUUAAAAUUGCCGGACAAAGUGUGAUUGAAGUUAGUGGAGAGUUUCACAAGUUCUUGGCUGGAGAAAUUGGGCAACAAAUGAUAAUUACUUGUUAAUUUUUUUAAUUUAACCUUAAAGUUAAUAAUUUUCCUUGAAAUGCAGUAAAAGUUAGGCAGAUAAGAUGGAUUAAUAUUUAUUAUUUAAACAUUUCCUUGGAAAACGUGCUUAUGAAAAUCAACCCACCCACAGCUUUGCUGCU